GUAAGACACUAGCAAGCAGGCAAAAACGCGGCGGCCGGGCCGAUUGCGUGAAACGAGGGUAAGCGAAGCAGCCGAGGUCCUUCAUUUUUACUGCGUCGACGCCAGCGCCGCGUUCCCGGAAAAGCAGCCGUCUGCGGGUCCAGGGAACGAAAAACAGCUAAACCCAGCCACUAAUAGAGUUCCACGCCGCGCGCGCACGACAAGCCGCCAGGAGGCGCAACCCGCCGCGAAAAUGAACAUCUUUCGCUUCGCCGGCGACAUGUCCCACGUCGUCUCCAUCCUCGUGUUACUGUUGCGGCUCCGGUCGAGCAAAAGCGCCGUCGGCAUCUCCCUAAAGACGCAGGAACUCUUCCUCAUCGUCUUCGUGACGCGCUACCUCGAUUUGUUCACGACGUUUUAUAGUUUGUACAACUCCUUCAUGAAGGUCGCGUACAUCGCGUCCACAACCUACAUCAUCUGGAUGAUCCGGUUCCAGGAGCCGUACAAGUCGAAGUACGACGCGUCCCAGGACUCCUUCCUGCACAUCAAGUUCGCGGUGGCGCCCUGCGCGGGAUUAGCAUUAUUUGCCUGCCUGGUCAAGGGCGAGCUGUCGCCGAUCGACAUUUUGUGGACGUUUUCCAUUUUCCUGGAGGCCUUGGCCAUCGUGCCCCAGUUGUUUGUGCUGCAGAGAUACCGAGAAGUGGAAAAUCUCACAGGACACUACGUCUUCUUCCUGGGCGCCUACCGCGGCUUAUACAUCCUCAACUGGGUGUACCGGUCCUACUACGAGCAGUUCUACCGCCACAACUGGCUGGUCUACGUCUCGGGGGCGGUGCAGACGGCGCUCUACGUCGACUUUUUCUACUACUACGUCGUCUCGAAGUACUACGGCGGCAAGCUGACGCUGCCCACGUGAGCGCGUACACCAGGCCCUUCCUCGCGUAAACACACAAUCAUUAAAUUA